UCAGGCUAACAACAUGCAAAAGGCUUCAACCAGUGUCUCCAUUGUUGUCAUCUUUGCUAGUCAAGUAUCCUGAUACACUCCUGGGUCUGGCAAAAAGGGCCUUUAUCACUUACUUGAAGUCCAUUCAAAAUCACAAGGACAAAGAAAUUUUUAAUCUGUUGGAACUGCCACUUAAUGAAUUUUCAGCAUCUAUGGGUCUACCAAUGACCCCCAGAAUCCGUUUUCCAAAUCAGAAAAUGAAGUCCAAGACAGCGGGAGAACUAUAUCCUAUUGGUGAACCAGAAAGUUCUGACAUGGAGAACGGAUUGGAGAUUCCCAAAGAGGAACUUGAUAUUGGUGAUUUGAAUGAGGGGGAAGUGGAUAACGAUGUUCUUCUAACAAAUGAGGGAACAGAGGAAGGAACAAAAAUUGGAGAUAAUGUGCCAGUGACUCCAGUCAUGAAGAAAAGGAAUGGACCUAUGGGAACUAGGACACACUUUAAUGAUUCGGGCAACCCGAUAUCGCCCUUUGCAAAGAUGGCUGGUACCGUACAUGCUAGUGAUCCCAUAUUGCUUGAUGAACUUAAAGACAUGAAACAAAAAUAUUAUGAUAAGGUUAGGGAAGAGUUGAAGAGAUCAGAACCAGAAGACAAGAUUCUAGACCGCCAGCGUUGCAACGAAAAACGAAGGAAAGAGAAGAUGAAGAGGAGUAGAGUGAAUGAAGGAGAACAGGAACAGGAUGAUCUUUCUGAUUCCAAGGAAGAGCCAUAUGAGUAUCGACCCUGCAAAAGAAGGGGUUCGCUGCUGACUUUUCCUUUAAACUAGUUUUGGCUCAAGAUUUGUUAUAAUUCCAGCCAUCUGUAAUUGUAGAA